CCUUGGGAUCUGAUUCGCUGCUGAGAAAUAGUAAAAUCAACAGUCUAGAAUAGCCGUUUAUAUACUCAUCAUAACUGUACAUGUAUCUUCUUCAACUUGCCGUAAUUGACAUUCCUAACGUCCAUAAGUAAAAUGGGUUCUAAUAGUAGAUCGCUACCUGUAUUAGACGCGCCGCUAGACCACGACUUUCAUAGCGGUUGGGGAAGUGUCUACACCAAUCGCAGUACCGUGAGCGACGAGGAGACCCUUCCACUAUGGCUACAGUACGCCUCAGACAAGAGUGCAGUAGAUAGGAAGUACCAGCAACUCCUUCACGAAUAUACCGACCUCUUCAGCGAUUUCUUUGGUGGUUACUACCCCAUUUCCAUGCACGCUCAUGCGACAGACGCCUUGCUGCCAACAACGAUCGCCAGCUUAAUCCUGAAUACCAUCGCUACCAGCCCCCUAGUUUUUAACUCGCCUACUUUAAAACCAAAACCAGAUGAGAAUCCAGAGGAUACUGGGAAACGAGUACGCGAUUUCGCAUUGGGAUUUCUGGGCUGGGACAAUACACAUGUCUUGUCACCCAACUUCAUCGUUGCUGAUAACAUAUACGGUGCUGGAUAUGGACCUCUCGCACAUACCUCGAAGGAAUGGGAGAUCAGCGCAAUUGCGUCGGGUCCCAAACCUAUCGUUGUCAACAUGAAGGAUGGGACAGAAGAGGCAUUAAACGUUCAAUUUGCAGACGCAAAGGCGAAAGGGUGCAUCGCAGUAGUUUUCGAUCUAGUUAGCACGGAAGAUGGCGCCGUGCUACACCCAGACAAGUUCGGGAUGAUUAAGUCAUGUUGUGCUCGGAAUAAACUGUUACUCAUUGUCGACGAGACUAUGACGGCGAUGCGAUGCGGGGCUCCUUUCGCAUUCCAACGGCCUGAAUACGCUCAGAUGGGAGCGGAUAAGCAGCCCGACCUCGCCAUAUUUGGGAAAGGUAUUGGCGUUAGUGGUAUCGCAAUAGGAUUCAACGGGAUCAUUACCACUGGCUUCACUUACACAGGCCAUGACGAUAUCCGCCAGACAAUACGAUACUGGCGUGCCCUUGUGAGCCGGCCCGUAAGAAUACCCAUCCUACUUGAAGCUCUCAGUAUUCUACGAGCAGCACGAGCAGAAAACUGGUCGGCAAAGAGCGAGGAGAUAGGAGGAGCUAUACGAGACGUUAUAUUAGAGCUGGAUCCUAGCACUAACAAGCCGGAUGCGGUCCGAGGUUUAGGAGCCGUGGUUGCGGUGAAUAGGGAGGUAGCAAUGAAGUUUCGCGUCAUGUCAGCCAUUCGGCGGAGAAGCCCUUGGGUACGAUGGCUGCCCAAGCUGAGUAGUGCAUCUGCCGAUCGGGAAUUACUCAAGAAGCAGGUCUUCGGGCACGAGAGCGAGGCGCAGAGGCAAGUUCUGGCGAAGGAGGCAGACCAAUGCGGUACUAUCCCCUUGUGGUGCUUCAUCUGCGGCAUCGAAGCUACUUCUAAGGAUUGGUGCAGGACGUGCUAUUUGUCGUUUUGCGAUAAUGAAGUGUGCGUGCAGGCUUUCCGGAGACAUGCUUGUGAGGUAUAGAUGCUCGCUAUAUUUAGAAGUUGAGAACUGAAUGGAAAAGUUAACUACCUACCUAGACUUAACUAUCGGUACUCUGCUUAACAAUUUAGUAGUUUGACGGUCAGAGGAAAUGAGAUUUG